AUGUCGAAAGAAAUCUUUGUAUUACGGUGCCUCUGGUUUUAUUUUUACGUCCCAAGUUACGAUUCUACAUUCGCUAAUCUGACAAAGGAAGGAACAGACUUGAUGUAUCAGAUAUACGGUGAUGAAACUGCUGUACAAUACGCAGAUUUCAUAUUAGACUUUGCUAAAGAUUGUGAAGAUACGUUAACUGUGGUCCAUGAUCCGUUGGUCAUUCAUACAGGAGGAGAUUAUAGAAAGACAAAGAAGUUCCUCGAAGGAAAUUGUAGACUCAAAGAGGAAGAAGAGAAAGAUUAG